GGCGCGGUCAGCCGACUCCGGAGCGCGCGGCUGCGGUGGGCGGGCGGCAGGAUGGGCCUCUCCGCUGCCGCCCCGCUGUGGGGUCCCCCGGGGCUGCUGCUCACCAUCGCCCUGCAUGUGGCUCUAUCCGCGCCCCCCGCCACGCCCUUGGCGCCCAGACCCCAGGACUACUGCGUCCUGGGCGCUGGGCCAGCGGGCCUGCAGAUGGCCUACUUCCUGCAACGGGCUGGGCGCGACUACGCAGUAUUCGAACGCGCCGCGGGUCCUGGCAGCUUCUUCAAGCGCUACCCCCGGCACCACAAGCUCAUCAGCAUCAACAAGCGGUUCACUGGCAAGGUCAAUGCCGAGUUCAAUCUCCGCCAUGACUGGAACUCUCUGCUCAGCCACGACCCCCGGCUGCUCUUCAGACACUACUCGCGGACCUAUUUCCCCGAUGCCCACGACAUGGUGCGCUAUCUGGGCGAUUUCGCAGACAGGCUGGGACUGCACGUGCUAUACAACACCACCAUUACCCAUGUCACUCUGGACAGAGAUCGACAGGCCUGGAAUGGCCACUACUUCAUCUUGACCGACCAGAAGGGCCAGGCUUACCAGUGCAGCGUCCUUCUCGUAGCCACUGGUUUGUCGGUCCCCAACCAAGUUAACUUCCCUGGCUCUGAGUACGUGGAGGGUUAUGAGUCUGUGUCCGUGGACCCUGAGGACUUUGUGGGUCAGAAUGUGCUGAUCCUGGGCCGUGGGAACUCAGCCUUUGAGACGGCAGAGAACAUCUUGGGCGUCACAAACUUCGUCCACAUGCUGAGUCGCUCCCGGGUCCGGCUGUCCUGGGCCACCCACUAUGUUGGAGACCUCAGAGCCAUCAACAAUGGCCUGCUGGACACCUACCAGCUGAAGUCCCUGGACGGGCUGCUGGAGUCUGACCUAAAAGAUCUGGCCAUCCUGAAGGACAGUGAAGGCAAGUUUCAUGUCACUUUGAAAUUCUUCCUGGAGGAAAACAACACCAACCAGAGUGCCGACUCCAUCACCCUCCCCCAGGACAACAGUGACAACUUUGCCAUGCGUGUGGCCUAUGACCGGGUCAUCCGCUGCCUGGGCUGGAACUUUGACUUCUCCAUUUUCAAUAAGUCUCUCAGACUCAACUCAGGGAAUCCCCUGGACAUGAAAUACCCACUUAUACGAGCUAACUACGAGUCCAGAGGAAGCCGGGGUCUCUUUAUCCUGGGCACCGCCAGCCACUCAGUGGACUAUAGGAAAUCUGCCGGAGGCUUCAUCCACGGAUUCCGAUACACAGUGCGAGCUGUCCACCGGCUCCUGGAGCACCGCCACCAUGGCAUCACCUGGCCUUCCACUGAGCUCCCCAUCACACAGCUGACCAACUCUAUCAUCCGGCGUGUGAACGAGGCUUCUGGGCUCUACCAGAUGUUCAGUGUGCUGGGCGAUGUUGUCCUGCUAAAGGAGAAUGCCACGGCAUUCGAGUACCUGGAGGAACUGCCCUUGCUCACACUGCCCCAGCUGGAGACCCUCACUGGGAAGAAGGCAGAGAAUGGGCUCUUUGUCAUCAACAUGGAGUAUGGCAAAAAUUUCUCUGGACCCGACAAGGACGUCUUUUUUUAUGACCGGUCUGUGGGGCACACGGAAGAUGCCUGGCAGUCUAACUUCCUCCACCCCGUCAUCUACUACUACAGACAACUCCCCACCGAAGAGGAGGUAAGAUACCGCCCCCCAUACUGGCCGCUGCCUCGGCCCACGGCCAUCCACCACAUCUUGGAGGACUUCUUAACAGACUGGACUGCCCCCGUUGGGCACAUUCUACCUCUGAGGCGCUUCCUGGAGAACUGCUUGGACACUGAUUUAAGAAGCUUCUAUGCAGAAUCCUGUUUCCUGUUCACCCUAACACACCAGAAGCUGCCACCCUUUUGCCAGCAAGGGUACCUGAAAAUGCAGGGGCUUGCAAGUACAGAGAGCCUUCGGCAGCAUGGAGUGGAAAGCAGGCUCCUCCGAGACUAUGCAGCCAUGGGCAGGCACCCGAAAGCCAGCAGCCAGGAGCCUGGCGACCAUGGGCCAGUAAGUGCCCCUCUGGCUCCAGGGUCUCCAGUCCAGUCCCUGGACAGCAAUAAGGAGGAGCUCUAA